CAGGCUCCCUCUGACUCAGAGCCUCCCAUAUUCUGUGGCCUAUGCCACUGCAACAAACAGUACCAUAAAAGAUGCUAAAUAAAUGUUUGCCGAACAAGAGAAUAAAUGGGGAUAUGAGCUUGAGUAAGACAUAGUCCCUGUCCUCCAGGAACUCAGAGGGGAGACAAAGAAGUAUGGCAGUGAGUAGGGGGCCGGGGUUAGGAGAGUUAAGGUAGAGAUGUAGACCUGAAGCCAGAGACACACCUACAUCAAAUCAGUGUGGAGGGGUGGAGAGGGGCCUUCCCUGAGGAGGAUGAAUGGAAUUGGCUGAAUGAGGGUGUGGAAUGCAUCCCAGACAGAAGAAAGAGAAGUGGUUUGAUCUAUCUAGAUAGUAGGCAUGAGAGUGGUGCUGGGUAAGGUGUCCAGAGUUACGAUCCAAAUAAUUAAAGGAUCUGGGUAUAAAACUGAGAAUUUGAACUUGAUCCUGAAAGCUCUUGGUGGAGGGGAGGUCUUGGCAGGUUUAAACAGUGUACUUUCGUGGUUAGAUUUGCAUUUUGGGAAGAUUAUUCUGGCAAGUAGUGUGGAAGCUAGAAUACAGGGAGGCAGACAGGAGGCCCGGAGAACCUUUAGGCUGUUGUAAUGAUUGAGGACAGCCUGGAUGAAGGAAAUAGGGUUGAAGUCAGGGGUUGGAUUGGAGAGUAUUAAGGAGGUCUUGGUGACUGAAGAUGGUUGGGAAGUUGGUGAAAGGUAGCCCUGAGUUUAUGGUUCUUUACUAAGAUAACAAAUGCAGGAGAAGGAACAGACUAAGGGAAAAGCACUAUGUUUGGUUGGGGAUGUGUUGAAGUUGAAGUGAAUAGAGGGUAGCUCCAUGGGUCUGCGUCUCAGUGGCAGGGGCUGGGGAGAUUGUGGGUGUGAGGGAGAUCGAUUAAAAGAGCCACUAGAGUGUCAGUGGUAACACACAUGAGAGUAGGAAAACAGAACAUUGAGUAUAAAAGCAUCUUGCCCUUGGUGUCAGUGGUUUGAACCUAGAGCCUGUCUGGCUUCUAAGCCUAGGGACAUGCCACUAGUUCAUGUUAAAACUUAUUUCUUUUAUUCCCCUUAUGUAUAUUGCUCCCCAAAAGAUACAUUAUUGGUCCACUACUGGUUUUGUGAGUUCUUUGUUGAAGCAGUCAUUGCCCAUGGGUUAGAUGUGAUCGUGUUCAUCCCUGCAUCCUCCACCCCUAUCUUUCCAUACAUUCUGAUACCAGUCUUGUGUGAGGUUUCCUUAGUAUACCUUGGCCUGGGGAUCAUUGUGUGAUCAUUCUUUUUUUUUUGUGUGUGUGUGAUCAUUCUUAAUAGGCACGCCACUUAUAAAUCUCCGGUAAAGAUGGGAGAGUAUUGGUUCCUUUCAGCAUUGCUGCUUAAUUUCCUGCAAGAUGUUGAAGGGAAAGGAUUACUUGUUAUUCAUCCUUUCCAUGAUCCCAGGGUUGUGGGAUCAAGACCUGCACUGGACUCCAUGCUGGGGCUGCAGCCUGCUUAAGAUUCUCCCUCCCCACCCCCCCGACUCUGCCCCUCUGUCCUGCUUGCAUGUACUGUCUCAUUCUCUUUCUCUCUCUCAAGCCAAUAAACAAACAAAUAAAUAAAUGAUAGAGAACCUAAGUUUCUAAGUUUCAUUUCUUCUAAUAAUCACUCUCUGAGUUAAGUUCCUCGCGACAAAUUUGUAAUCACGAGGUUCCUCAUAGAAUUAACUUACCUUCCGGCAAACCUGCAUCUCAACAGAAGAGAAACAUGCCGUGGCUUCGAACCUGUGUUUUAGCUGUUGGACAAACAACAGCCUUAUUCGCCUAGCGAUGGGCAAAAUAAAGGCAGGCAACCUCCCGACUUCUAGUAAAUUACCCGGAGCCCUAUCGUUCUCAAAUAUUGGAUUAUCUCUUUAAGCCAAACUUCGGUGCCUCUUUGCAUAUUCUAAAAGUGGAGAUAGGUGGUGAUGGGCAGACUACAGAUGGUACUGAACCCUCCCACAUGCACUAUGCAUUAGAUGAGAAUUAUUUCCGAGGAUAUGAGUGGUGGUUAAUGAAGGAAGCUAAGAAGCGGAACCCUAAUAUUAUACUCAUGGGGUUGCCAUGGUCAUUCCCUGGAUGGCUGGGGAAAGGUUUCAACUGGCCUUAUGUAAACCUUCAGCUGACUGCCUACUACGUCAUGACCUGGAUUGUGGGCGCCAAGCAUUAUCAUGAUUUGGACAUUGAUUAUAUUGGGAUUUGGAAUGAGAGGUCAUUUGACAUCAAUUAUAUCAAGGUGUUAAGAAGGAUGCUGAACUAUCAAGGUCUCCAUCGAGUGAAAAUCAUAGCAAGUGACAAUCUCUGGGAACCCAUUUCUGCUUCUAUGUUGCUCGACACUGAGCUCUUGAAUGUGAUUGAUGUUAUAGGAGCUCAUUAUCCUGGGACCCGAACGGUGAGGGAUGCGAAGUUGACCAAGAAGAAGCUUUGGUCUUCUGAGGAUUUUAGCACUUUAAAUAACGAUGUGGGUGCAGGCUGCUUGGGUCGCAUAUUGAAUCAGAAUUACAUCAAUGGCUACAUGACUGCCACAAUUGCUUGGAAUUUGGUGGCGAGUUACUAUGAACAGUUGCCUUAUGGACGAUGUGGGUUGAUGACUGCUCAGGAGCCGUGGAGCGGGCACUAUGCUGUAGAACCCCCCAUCUGGGUCACAGCCCAUACCACUCAGUUUACUCAGCCAGGUUGGUAUUACCUGAAGACAGUUGGUCACUUAGAGAAAGGAGGAAGCUACGUGGCUCUGACUGAUGGCUUAGGUAACCUCACCAUCAUCGUUGAAACUAUGAGCCAUAAACAUUCUAGGUGUAUACGGCCGUUUCUGCCUUAUUUCAAUGUGUCGCACCAGUUUGCUACCUUCCUUCUAAAGGGCUCUUUUAGUGAAAUACCAGAGCUACAGGUGUGGUAUACCAGACUUGGAAAACCAUCGAAGAGAUUUCUUUUUAAACAACUGGAUUCUCUAUGGCUUCUCGACAGCGGUGGUGCUUUCACGCUGGAGCUGCAGGAAGACGAGCUCUUCACCCUCACCACUCUCACCACCGGGGGCAAGGGCAGCUGCCCGCCGCCUCCAGAGUCCCAGCCUUUCCCGCAGGUGUAUGAUGAUGAUUUCGAUGUUGAUUACCCGUUUUUUAGUGAAGCUCCGAAUUUUGCAGAUCAGACUGGUGUCUUUGAAUACUUUACGAAUAUCGAAGACCCUGGAGAGCAUCGCUUCACGCUGCGCCAAGUUCUCAAUCAGCGGCCCAUUACCUGGGCCGCUGAUGCGUACAACACUAUCAGUGUUAUAGGAGAUUACAAAUGGUCCAACCUGACUGUGAGGUGUGAUGUUUACAUAGAGACUCCUGAGAAGGGAGGCGUGUUCAUUGCGGGAAGAGUAAAUAAAGGUGGUAUCUUGAUUAGAAGCGCUAGAGGAGUUUUCUUCUGGAUUUUUGCAAAUGGAACCUACAAAGUUACAGGUGACCUAGCUGGAUGGAUCAUAUAUGCUUUAGGACAUGUUGACGUUACAGCGAAAAGAUGGUAUACGCUCACAUUAAUUAUUAAGGGCCGUUUCUCCUCUGGCACGUUGAAUGGCAAGUCUGUCUGGAAGAAUAUCCCUGUGAGUUUCCCGAAGAAUGGCUGGGCUGCGAUUGGAACUCACUCUUUUGAAUUUGCACAGUUUGACAACUUUCAUGUGGAAGCCACAAGCUAAUAUUCACAGAGCACCAUAGAACACUCCUUGGAUUUUCUUUCUUUCUUUUUGGUUUUGGUUCAGAGCCAAUUCUUGCCUUGAUGGAUCAAUACAUGAGCCUCUCGGAGACUAAAAAUAGUGAAGAGUAAAUGGGGAGAGAAAUAUAUUUUUGCUUGAUCUUCUGGAAGAUAUUUUUAAAACUAAUGCCGAGGGGAGACACGUGAAUCGGUAACAUUACCCGAUAUGGCCCCUAAAGUUCAAGCUGUACAGGGGUCCUGUUGUUAGGGGUGGUUUGGGUGGUUCACACCUUGAAGCCUUGGCUUUAAUGCUGAGCUCGCUUUCUUCAUCUUGUGUGCAAGGGCUCGUGCAGAGGGCAGUGACUUGAUCUUCACAGAGGUGGACUGUGUGUCUGACUGAGCUGAGGACCUCGUCUGGAGGUAAUGCCGCCCCAGAAGGAGCUGAAGAACACUGGAAGUGCUGCUUUUUGAAAACCACUUCAACAUGUUAAUCUUACACUCUAUGAAGAGUAUUUUUUCUUUUCCUUUUUACAGUGAUGCUUUUGAAUUAUAGAUGAGUGGAUGAUUUGAAAAAUGCCUCAUUAAUAAACUACCUCUAAAGCUACUUCUGCAGUAAUAAAUAUGAGCAGAUUAAUUGGGUUAUCUGCAGUUUUUAAGUCUUUUAGAUCCAGCUUUUAGUUGUGUAACCCUUAAAACUCUCUGAGAACAUCUUCCCAGAUGGCUGGAAGGAAGAAGAGAAUCCCACCUAGCCAGUGCUGCACGUGGCUCUCAAGAUGAUAUUGUAGCAGUUUUCUUGUGUCUUAUCUCAUUGUGCCUUUCGUGGUCUGUCUUGUGUGUCACUGAUGACAGACUAAAACAGCUAACGAAUUAUUUUGUCUUUGCUCUCGGAAGAAGGGGAACACUAAGCUUCUGCUGGUACAUAGAAUUGGUUCAUUCUCUAAUAUUGUGUGAUUCGAUGCAUUUAUUUCAUUAAAGUACAAAUGUGUUUGUAUUUAAGUAUGGGGAGCAUAUUUCUCAUGCAGUGUAAUUGAUAUCUAAGCAUUAAUAGACAUCCUAGAAACAACUCACAUCAUUCAUGUCGAUAAAGUAAAUUCUAGAAUUCUUUUAUAAUGAAAGUUCAGAGCUUCACUGGACUAAUUCUGCAAUUUUGGAAUUUGUAAUAGUUCAACAUAGGUGAAAUUAACAAAGUUGUGUAUUUCUAUUAUAAUAAGACAAGAAGGUAAAUAUUAGAAUAAAUCAGAUUACAGAGAAAAAUUUUAAAUUAAAACCAAGUCUUAAGUGAUUUCCAUUCCGGUCUCUACGUAUGUUUUUAAGUUAACUUUAUUGUGGCAGAAUUCACAUACGAUAAAAUGUUCUCAUUUUAAGUGCACAGUUCAGUGAGCCUUGGUAGGUGGAAAUACCCACAAAACCAACACCCCAACUAAGAUGUGGAACAUUUCUGUUACCCCCAGAAAGUUCUCAUGUGCACCUAUCGUAAUUUCCUCUCACCCGCACCCGUCUCAGGCAACCAUUGAUCUGAUUUCUAUUGAUGCUGAUAAAUUUUCCUUGUUCUAAAACGUUAUAAAAGUGGCAUCAUCCACUAUGUAGUCCUUGCUGAAUGGUUUCUUUCAUGCAGCAGGAUGCUUUGAGAUUUGUCUAUGUUGCUGUUUAUAUCAACGGUUUGCUCCUUAUGUCAAAGAAUAUUCCAUUGUAUGGUUCUGCGACCGUUUGUCAUCCCCUUCUCCCACUUUCUGGUGUUGCAAAUAAACCUGUCACGAACAUUUGUGUACGA